UGGGGAGGGAGAGAUGGAGCGUGAGAGGAGAGAGAGAGAAGUCGUCGUCGGUGACCUUCGGACCAAAACGGACGAAAGUCGAAGUUGGAAGUUCAAACCACCGCCCAGCGCUAAUCCGUUUUGGGACAGCAUGCGAAAAGCCUCGACAUCAUCUCCAGCCAAACUCCCGCCCGCCUGAUAAUUACGGUCGUUUCUCUGUCGCUGCUGAAGUCCCCGUCCCCUCGCUCAUCACUCCAUCACCAUGUCUACCCUUCUUCAGCAGGUCUACCGCCUCGCCGUGCCUAUCUCGGCCGGAGUCUACCUCUUCAACUCUUCCAUUUACGAUGUUCGCGGUGGUACCCGCGCUGUCAUCUUCGACCGAUUGUCCGGAGUGCAGGAGAAGGUCAUGAACGAGGGUACACACUUCCUCAUCCCUUGGUUGCAGCGGGCCAUUAUCUAUGAUGUUCGCACCAAGCCCCGCAACAUCUCUACCACCACGGGAAGUAAGGACUUGCAGAUGGUCAGCUUGACCCUGCGUGUGCUGCACCGUCCUGAGGUCCCGAAGCUGCCGGCCAUCUACCAGUCCUACGGUAUCGACUACGAUGAGCGUGUGCUCCCGUCCAUCGGAAACGAAGUCCUCAAAGCCAUUGUCGCCCAGUUCGAUGCCGCCGAGCUGAUCACUCAGCGUGAAGCUGUCUCCAACCGCAUCCGCACAGACCUCAUGAAGAGAGCUUCUCAGUUCAACAUCGCCCUCGAGGACGUCUCCAUCACCCACAUGACCUUCGGAAAGGAAUUCACACGCGCCGUCGAGCAGAAGCAGAUCGCCCAGCAGGACGCCGAGCGGGCCCGUUUCAUCGUCGAGAGAGCCGAGCAGGAACGUCAGGCCAAUGUCAUCCGCGCCGAGGGUGAAGCCGAGAGUGCCGAUAUCAUCAGCAAGGCUGUUGCCAAGGCCGGCAGUGGUCUGAUUGAGAUCCGUCGUAUCGACGCCAGCAAGGAGAUCGCGACGACGCUCGCCAACAACCCCAACGUCACGUAUCUGCCUGGUAACGAUGGCAAGGAAGGCGGAAAGAGCACUAGCCUCUUGCUGGGCUUGAGAAACUAGAAGGCGCUGUGGCUUGGUAAAUGGAAUUACGUGUAUUUCUUAUUUCUCUUUUCUUUGUUGCGUUUCCUUCAACCGGAUGGAUCUCAGGCGUGCAUGAUCUCCGUGGCGAAUUAAUGUCGUUUGGUCUUCUUUCUUCAUCUCUUCCUCCUCUCCUACACCCUCACACUCACACGCAUGCACCCUUAUUCGCAUCGACCUGUAGCAAUAUCAUACCCAUUCCUCUCUCAAGAGUGCCUCUACUUAUCCAAACCAAAC